AUGCCAAAUUCCAGGUUCAAAGCGUCAGACAUACGCCGAUACCUCAUCGAUACAUCUCAGCACGAAGAGCGUGAUGUCGACUUUGAAGAUGAAGAGCCCUCCAGCGUAUCCCAGACAUCUACUGUGGAACAUGAUCAAGAGCCGUUCGAAUUCUUCAGUACAAGAGUUAUAGAGCUUUGCGCCGCUCAAUUCCCAAGAUCAAGCUUCCAAGUCGAGCGCCUGCGCGGUGGGACUUACAAUCGCAUCACCGCGAUCAGUGUUACGCUUUUACCUCCUCGCGCUUUCACUGUUCCAUGGAUACGUUCGUUGCUACCCAUUAAUGAAGCUCACAUCAAGGCUUACGCGCCAAAACACUACAUACUGAGGAGCGCACGAAGGGAGCCUUCCAGCGACGACUUGGAUAUGAGCUAUGACUUGGCUACUCUGAAGUUCGCGCGUAUAAAAUUCGCAAAAUUCGGCAACAUCGUGCCUCACGUUAUACAGCUCGAUGAACAUACGCGUAAUCCUUUGUCGCGGACCUAUAUCAUUCAGAACCGUCUUCCCGGCCAAAAUCUCAAUAAGAUAUGGCUCGGAUUUUCGAUCAAACAGAAGAUAAGCACGAUGCACAUUGUUGUUCGUGUCAUGAAGAGAUUGCAUAAGAUUCAGGGACCCAAGGCAGGUAUCAUUGCCCGACUAAGAGUCCUACUACUUUCUCGCGGCGAAGUCAUCCCGGAAAUUUGUGCCUUCAGAACUACCAAGGGCCCGGUAUCAGCAGUUACAGGACCCGUGGACCGCCCCGCUGAGGCUAUGACUACCCGUCAAUUCUUGCUACACCAGAGUAGUCGAUGGCAAAGACUGGAGCAGGAUCAGGAGGACGGCGAUGAGGUUAUAUGGGAUUGUUUCGAUAUCAUCACCACAUCCCUUCACAACAUGGGCUUUAUUCCGGAUAGCGACCGAUUCUACUUCUGCCAUCUCGACCUCUAUCCGCGAAACAUGCUCGUAGAGAUUGAAGAGGACUCAUCGCUUUUGCUCACCGGACUGCUGGACUGGGAUGCUCAGUUCGCAUACUUUUGCCCCAAGUUCGUCGCUUAUCGUGCGCCGUUCUGGCUAUGGGUAUCGGGUGGUCACGAGUACAACGAGAUGAUAGCUGCAGAUGAGCCAACGAAUGCUGAUCACCGGCGAUUGAAGAGCUUGUGGGAAGAAGCGGUGAGUGUCGAGUGGAAGCGAUAUGCCUACGAACCGGAGUAUAUGAUCGCGAGGAGAAUGUUUGCUCUGCUCCGAGACGGCAUUCGCCAUGAUGGAGACAAAGAGGAAGCCAGGUCUAUUGUCGAUGAAUGGCAGAAGCUGCAUUACGAUUAG